UUAAAAGCGCAUUUGUUUCGCCCCCAACAGCACCAAUAGCUUUUUGAAUCAACAACCAAUCAACAGCUGGUUUUUUUGUUUAAACAUUAGCGUAUAAAUUGUUUACAAUUUACGAAGCGUAUGCAGAGAUAAUAUAUGUGUGUAAUUUCGUGUGAAAUCAACACCAACAGCCGCAAAGUUUCAUCCGAAGUCAACUCACCGGCAUAAGCACAGUCGCUCAACGGAAUUGGUGACGAGCACUAGCUAGCUAACUUGGACCGAGCCUUGACGACAAAAUAAAAACGCUCUGUUACAAAUUGUUAUAAAGUUUUUUGUGCGGGCGCUAACUAAUAACCACAACACCAACUCCGGCAAAGUGCUUGUGUGGAAUUUUCCACGCGUACAUAUGUAAAUGAUCACUCGCUGCGUGCGUGCAUGCUUACGUGUUUGUGUGUGUUAUUGUGCAUUUCUAGGCCAACAUUAGAUAUUAGUCGUCCAUUCAUAGAUUUUUGAUUGUGAGCAUAGGCACUAACGUACAUAUACCGAACAUUCCAGAAAAUAGAAAAUGUCGCAUCGUCGCCAAUAUGCAUUGGACGCUACACAGCGUACCAUUGAACCAUUUUGUGAUUGUGAAUUUCCUCAAAGUGUCCUGCUUGCUACUUAUAAAGGACAUAUACCAGAUUUAGUAAAAUGUAAUUGUGGGGAGCGUACAGAAAAAAAGCAAAAAACAAGCAGCACCAGUAUAAAUAAUAGCGUUGAGGAACUGGAAGUCCCUAUGUGUGAACCCAAUGGUCUACAGUGGAGUUGGGAGCAAAAUGAAACCAGUGACACUUUAAUUGUUGGCGCUGACAUCACCUUUCAUCCCACCUAUAGUCAGGGCACUGCAAUUGUUCGCAGUGAACGCCCGUUGAAAGCGGGUAUGGUUCAUUUUUGGGAGAUUCGAAUCAUAACACCACUUGCGGGUACCGAUGUGAUGUUCGGUAUUGGCACCGAAAAAGUUGAACUUAAUCAAUUCCAGUUUCAUUUUGUUUCGGCGCUUGGCACCAAUGUCCAGUCAUGGGGGCUUUCCUACAAUGGCAAAAUCCAGCACAAUGGCGUACAAUUACCCUAUGGUCAGAAGUUCUCACAGGGUUGUAUUGUCGGUGCUUGUUUGGACCGUGCGCUUGGCACCUUGGAGUUCUACCUUAAUCGUCGUUCACUGGGUGUCGCCUAUACAAAUAUACCACUGGAUCCACAAGUGAACCUGUAUGCUAUGGUCUGCUCAACGGCUGCCAGGUCGGUGGUGCGUUUGAUAAACUCCACGUCACAAGUGGAUUGCCUGCAAUUGCGCGCAUUUAAAGCGCUCUCAAAGCAGCCAAAAGAUUUGCAGUUCCUCCGCGAGAUGCCCGGUUUUCGUGGCAUCCUACGAGACUAUUGGUUCUUUACACCGCCUGUGCGGUAUUCGCGUCGCAGUGCUGCCACUGAAUUGGACAUUGCGGAUGAGGCGGUGCUAUCGAAAUCGCGCCUGGCAAGAAAGCAGAAAUACAAAGAUGAUGACCUAGACAUAAAUGAUCUCUACUCAAAUGCGCACAAAAUAGCGAUGCGUUGCAAUCCCGAGGAUGAGGAUGAUUUACACGCGAGCGAUUGUUUUGAUGAAUAUUUUCAUUACUUAUUCUAAGUGCCCAGUUUAAAUAAGUCUUAAUCCAAAAAUUAAGCCAGUUAAAAGAACAAAAUUAGACUAAGGAAUAGUUAUUUUUCCUUGCAUUAAAGUUUGCAAAAGUUUAGAUGGAGUGAUAGGAGUGAGCAACCCUUCUCAAGUAGUAGGAGUUCCAACAGCGUACUUAGCAUCAACAAUUUUCCGUUGCCAUUAUCUGUAACUCUGAGAAUUACAAAUUGUAACUACCAAAUCCGUGGCAUUUAUUUAUUUACUUUUAUACGUAAUACACGACUGUUUAUGAACAUUUAUAGCCAUAUUUUUCAUGUCUUAUUUACUACUUAAUAUUUUCUACGCUUCACUUUGAGUCAUAUAACUAAUUUUUAUCGUCACGUUGAAUUCUCAAGUCUUGAUUAUUUUACUUUUUUUGUGUUUAUAUAUUUUUAAUGUCAUUUCGUAUUUAAUUGAUUUCAGCAAAUAAAACCCGGCUGAAACACAUGUGAAAUAUUAAUAUAGUUACAUUUACAUACUUGUGCACACUUACAUUAGUAGUUUAGUGUAUGUAUUGUAUAUGUAUAUAGUUGUAGCAUUACUUAGAAAUUAGUGCAUCCAUUUUCGAAAUGCACUAGUUAUGACACUUAUAUAUAUAACUCUAUUAUGAGUUCAAGUCGUUGAUUGUGUUCAGUUUAAGUUUUUAUUCCAGCUAAUGCACAAUGACAUGUGUAUAUGUAUUUACAUGGAUCCCAUCUUAGUUAAGUUAGUUCUUAAUUUUUUAUUGAAGCGUUCCUUAAAAUUAACUACAGCUUCAAUUUUUUAUACAUUAUACUAAAGAAACCCCCAAUUCAAAACAAAUAAAAGCAGUUUUGUUUUUAAAUAAA